UCAAAAAUGACUGUCAAAGCUGUAAAAAUGCCGUGCACCGCUCCCAAUGUUUAUCCUAAAGUGCCUGACGGAGGAUGGGGAUGGACAGUUGCGUUUGCUUUCUUCUUUGUGGAAGCCCUAACAUACGGCAUUAUAAAAUCGUUUGGCGUCUUCUUUAAUGACCUGAUGGAAAGCUUUGACGAAACCAACAGCAGGAUAUCCUGGAUCAUAUCCAUCUGUGUGUUUGUCCAGACCUUCACAGCUCCUCUGUCAACGGUCCUCAGCAAUCGCUUUGGUCACCGCCUGGUGGUGAUGGCCGGAGGGGUGCUGAUCAGCACCGGCAUGGUCACUGCCUCCUUCGCCCGCAAUGUUGUGGACAUGUACAUCACCAUCGGUGUCAUCUCCGGCCUUGGAUACUGCCUCUCUUUCCUCCCGACUGUCACCAUUUUAUCACAGUAUUUUGACAAAAGACGUUCGCUGGUCACAGCAGUGGCAUCUACAGGGGAAUGUUUUGCUGUUUUCUCCUUUGCACCAGCAAUUACUGCUCUGAAGGAGCAGAUCGGCUGGAGAUACAGCCUCCUUUCUGUGGGGGUGCUGCAGCUGAGCAUCGUCAUCUGCGGAUCCCUGCUGCGACCCAUCGUCAUCAAAGAGCAAGAAGAAGUGAAAGCGCAGCCUCCCGAAGAGCCCACGGAGACCAAGUACAUGCUUGAAAAUGAGCAAACACGCACCUCAAUCGAGUCCAUAGACUCAGGAGUAGAAAUAACUACCUCACCCAGCAACGUGCCUGGAAAAACCAAAGCAGAGCCGAAAAGUGAAGAACCAAAGGAACACGUGCAGAUCCAUGUUGAACAUAACAGCACCCCUCCAGAACCAAAAACCAAACUACUGGACUUUUCUGUGAUGAGAGACUAUAGCUUUAUCUGUUAUGCAUUCUUUGGCCUCUUUGCUACCCUGGGCUUCUUCGCUCCCUCCCUCUACAUCAUUCCCCUGAGUCGCAGCCUUGGCAUCGGCAAAGACCACUCAGCGUACAUCCUGUCCGCCAUGGCCAUCGCGGAGGUCUUUGGAAGAAUUUCAGCUGGCUGGGUUCUCAACAAAAAGCCUAUCCGCAAGAUCUACAUCGAACUCAUCUGCGUCGUCCUGCUGUCCGUAGCGUUGGUUGCCUUCCCUUUCGCCUCGGAAUUCUGGGGCUUGAUGACAUGUAGCAUAUUUUUUGGGUUCAUGCUCGGAACAGUGGCGGGCACGCAUAUUCCCCUCCUGGCAGAAGACGACGUGGUUGGCAUCGCAAAGAUGUCUUCUGCAGCUGGAGUCUACGUCUUCAUUCAAAGCUUAGCUGGGUUGGCCGGACCACCCCUUGCAGGUGUCUUAGUGGAUACGACACAGAACUACAGCUCAGCCUUCUACUCCUGUGCUGCUGGCAUGGUCCUGGGUGCCGUGUUUCUGUCCCUGGUGAGACCGUGCAAGGCUGGGCUGUGCCGCCGCCAGCAGCAGUGCGCAGAGCAGAGCGUGGCGGAGGUCGUACCGGAUCUACCAGAGGACUUUAUUGAAAUGGAUAUUGGAAAAGCAGAAAAUUCAGGAAAAGGCUGUGACAGCGUGGCAUAA